UACCCUCCCCGUUUCGAAAGUGGUAGCUUCUGGUGUCAAAGUGGACUGAACAUUCAUUGUGUGAUUUUUGUGUUUAUGGAAUCAACUGCUUUUUCGCUUUUUCGGGUUUUUAAGAAGCUACUUAGUCCUCUUCAUGAAAAACUGCAACUUUCAUAUUUUUACAGGGCAGUGAAUCCAGCAUUAAGAUGGAAGAGAGGCAGUACGCAUCUUUAACGGUCCCUACGGAUUAUCUUCAGCACUGGUUUCCAUCCACCCAGCAUGUCCAGGCUCUCCAGGUCACGCAGUACCACCAAAUGGCCGAAGACGCCCUCUUCAUGGAGGCACCGGGCGAGCACAGGGUGAUGACCGAAAUGAUGGUCCACCAAGAGCCCUCGUACACCCCCUUAGAGCCUCCCUACACCCCCCAAGAGCCUCCCUACGCCCCCCAUGAGCACCCUGCCCCUAUGCAGGGGUACCCGCUCCCUCCCUAUGGAGCAGCCCCAGGUUACUACGCAGACCGUAACGAGCGCCAGGUCCAGCCCCUGGUCUACCCCGCGGCGCCCGUGAAGGGGAAGAGGGGGCGGCCCCCCAGCGACGAACUGAAGGCCAAGCAGGAGAGGGCGGAGGACGGCUGCGGGAAGGUCAAGCGGAAGGUCGACCGCUUCAAUGGCAUGUCCCCUGAGGAGGUCAUGACCAAAACGCUGCCGGACAUCCUGGCCUACAACCUGGACAUGCUGAUCAUUGGAAUCAACCCGGGCCUGCUGUCUGCAUACAAGGGCCGCCAUUACCCGAACCCCGGGAACCAUUUUUGGAAGUGCCUGUUUUUAUCGGGGAUCACUGAAGUCCAGCUCAACCACAUGCACGACCAGACGCUGCCUGAGAAGUAUGGGAUAGGCUUCACCAACAUGGUGGAGAGGACCACCCCAGGAAGCAAAGAUCUCACAAGUCAGGAGUUCCGCGACGGGGGCAGAAUUCUGGUGGAGAAGGUGCAGAAGUACAGGCCUCUCAUUGCCGUCUUCAACGGAAAGUGUAUUUAUGAGAUUUUCAGUAAAGAGAUCUUUGGUGUCAAGUCCAAGAAGCUGGAUUUUGGCUUACAGCCUCACAAGAUUCCAGAAACGGACACGGUGUGUUACCUGAUGCCGUCGUCGAGCCCGCGCUGUUCCCAGUUCCCCCGCGCCCAGGACAAGGUGCAGUUCUUCCUCAAGCUGAAGGACCUGAGGGACCAGCUCAAGGGUGUGGCCAAGAACGAGGAAGUGGAGGAGAUAAAGUACUCCUUUGACCUCAGCCUGGCCAAAGAGGAUGCCAAGCGGCUGGCCAUCAAGGAGGAGAAGCAGGACCCCGGGUACGAGCCGCCAUUCAGUGGGUCCUGUGGGAAGAGCGAGCAGCAGAGCAACGGGCACUGCAGCUUCUCCUACCCAGAGACGCGCCCGGGAGAGACGGCAGUACCCAGUACGGAAGCCACACCCCUAACAUCAAUGGGGCGGGUCCUGGAUGGCCAAUGGAUGAUGCAGUCAUUUGCUGAUCAGAUCCCGGACAUUGCUGGCAGCAGCACACAGUCCCAUUAGGGGACGGAGACUGCAUGAAGGGGGUGGAGCCUCACUGAACUCCUCCCCAGGGAUUUCCUUUCCUGCUUGAGGAUUGGCUCCUGGUGGCUGAGUAUGCCACGCCCAGUUUCUCCAGCACCAGUGAGUCCUCCUCUCUCUCAGUGUACACUACAGAGGAGGAGGAGCAGAACUGCUGAAGGUCACAAGGAAUUUGAAGUGGACUGAUUUACCUUUUUUGACACUUAUUUUUUUAACAACAGUAGAUUUUAAAAAAAUAAUUAUUUGUUUUGUGUUUGUUCUUAUAACUGUUUAACGUAACGCGAGACGUGUGUCUGUUUUUUAAUGCGAUUUUUAAGAGGAUAGUGGACUUUUCCCAGAAAUUGUCUUUUAUUGGUCAUCAUGUGUGCUGAUGAAUUUUGGAAUUGCGCGUGCGAGUAAAUUUGCUGUCCUGACUAUUCGCGCCUCGUGGGCAGCCUGAGCAGCUGAUAUAUCGCCCCUUUGCAGCGGUACGAUAUCACUCCUUGGGGAAGUCCAGUUUAAACCUCAGUGUGCUGACACAGACGCCUGUGGCAGACUGAGGCUCCUCCAGCGAGCCAGUCCAGGCGUGCCACGGUCUUAUCCGGUCUUUCUUCCUGGUCUCCUUUCUUCCUCGCGGUACUAGUGCCAGCAGUGCACUCUGGGAGGAAGGUUUCUGGUCCUGAAUAAUGCUGUAGGAAUGGAACAGUUUGAACACUAUGGGGUUUCUGAUGAGAUUGUGCUACUCUUGGUAAACUUGACAGUGUUCUACAUUUUUGUCAUGUUCUGUGGGAAAAAGAAAGUGUGUUCCGAAAAAUAAAUGUUAGGUUAUUUUUCUAAAAUGGAAAAGCUUUGAACCUGUUCCAUGUCCUACCAGAAUCAGAAAAGGGGAUGAAAUAACUUUCAGUCUACCUCAUUCUUUUGCUGCCCAACAGAAUUGGCUCUCAGUUGGGGAGAAAAAUCAUGUUUGUUGAACACUUGUUCAAUGUUUCUUGCAUUAAAAAGCGCCAAAUAUGUA